GGGGGCGGGCGGGGGGGGGGCCGGGGCCGCUCGCUCCCUCGGGCCUCUCCUCAUGCGCGCUGCGCCGCCGCCUUUGCCUUCUUUGCCUUUGCCGCCGCUCCUCUCCGCGCUCUGCCUGGCGCUGGCGGCCGCCGCAGGAGCCGCAGCUCUUGCCCCUGUUCUUUGCCUCUGGUUUUGUUGGUGAGGAUAUCACAGUGAUGUCUGCAUUCAACCUGCUGCAUUUGGUGACAAAGAGCCAGCCAGUGGCCCUGCGAGCCUGUGGGCUUCCCUCAGAAGAAGCUGUGUUGGGAAGGGGCGCCUGGCUGGCAUACGAAGGUGCCCCCUGCUCCCGCUGGAGGAGAGGUUCUUGGGGGACGGUAGCUGCUGGCAGCCCAGGUCCAGCACUGGCAGCUUUGUGCACUGCAGGGUCAUGUAGGGAUAAAAAGGACUGUAAGGUGGUCUUUUCCCAGGAGGAGCUGAGGAAGCGGCUGACACCCUUGCAGUACCAUGUCACUCAGGAGAAGGGGACUGAAAGUGCCUUUGAGGGGGAGUACACACAUCAUAAAGCUCAAGGAAUAUACAAAUGUGUUGUUUGUGGGACUCCUUUAUUCAAGUCAGAAACAAAGUUUGACUCCAAUUCAGGUUGGCCUUCCUUCUAUGAUGUGAUCAGUCCUGAUGCAAUUACUUUCAAUGAUGAUUUCUCCUAUGGGAUGCAUCGGAUUGAAAUAUCCUGCAGUCAGUGUGGUGCUCACCUGGGGCAUAUUUUUGAUGAUGGACCUCGCCCAACUGGCAAACGGUACUGCACAAACUCUGCUUCGUUAUCUUUCAAGCCAGCAGACAAAAACAACGCCGGAGAAGGCAGCGGUAACGCCAGUCCUGCCCAAACAGGCAAAGCUGAGCUGUAGGACGAAACAAAGCCUGCGGAAAACUGCGCCGAUCCCACACAGCUUACAAGGAAUGUUUUCUAAGUUGCCUGCUCUCUUAUAUCCUAAGAAUGUUUAAAUGUAUGAAAGCAUUUUGCACCAUCCUUCUUAUUCCUCACCUUUUCGGAACUGAGGCCUUGCCUGCCGGUGCAUUUACUAUAUAAUUGGAUUGAAAAAUGUGUUGACUGACUCCACAGGUUUUCUUUUCCUUUCUUUUCUUUGAGAUUGCUUUGGGGAAUCCUUAAAUUGAGAGGCUUUGGCAUGAUUAGUUAUUAGUUUCCUCUUAGUGCUGUGUUACUCUAGGUUUGAACACUAUUCCUUUCUGUGUGGGAGACGGGACUUGUGUUUAUCUCCAGUCUAUAGGAAACUUCUGGGCAUAAGAAAAUCCUGAAUUCCUAGCACAUCUCUGCUUUGUUCUGACUUGCGAGGCAUGCAGCCUUUGGUCAUAUGUAUUCAGCCAUCUCCCAGCAUCAGCCGCACCCUGCAAAAACUUGUAGUUAUGGCUGUUCCUUCCCAACUGAGAGAGAUGGAUGAGAUGUAAAGCCCAUCCUUUGGCUAAUUUACUGCCAAAAUUUCAAGGGUGUGGUUGAAAGGAUGUAAACAUUGUCUCAGCAUCUAUUUUUCCCCUUUGUUUGGUAUUUAAAUCAAGGUUUUAACUAGUAAGGCUCACUUCUGUGGGUUACUAAUGAGGCUUUGUCUUUUUGUGAGGCCUGUUCAGCAACUGUAACUCAAAUCUGAAUUAAAGUUGAAAUCUGCAGGGGGUAAUUAUAUGGACAAGUGCAGAGAUAAACUUGAGAAGUGAAGUAGAUGAGGGAUGACACUAGGCUCUUUAUCUUGUUGGUUGCUACAAGGAUUCAGAAACACAACAGUUUCUGCAUUAAGGGAGUUCAGGAUUGAAUGUGGCGGCAGGAAGAGGGAGACCCUCCUGAAGUAUCCAAUUUUAAAGAUUAGCUGGUCUGGAUGCAUACUGCCUACAAGGCCACAGCCUUUAAUUUGUGCAGUUGUGGUGUAGGACAUGAGUGAGGGGGUUGGUUUAAGAAAUGAAUUUGAAAAAAGCCUGUCAGAGCUUCAGAAAUUUUCAUGCAGCAAGAUUUUCUGUCCUAUAAGGUGUUUUUCACAGCUGCUUUUAGAUUUUGUUGAAUAAUAAUUUGUCUAGAGUUGUGCAUAAUACUGUUCUUUAAGCUAUACUAUACAGUAUUUGCUAACACCACUUUGCCUUUAAGCAUUGAGAGACUUAAUGAAUAAAGUAUUUACUUUUAUUAGCAAACUUCGUGACUAACGUAUUUGGAUCCAAUUUUAUUUCAACUAGGAGCAAAGCAACCACUGAUUUUUAUGGAAGCAGGAUUGAGGUUUUUAUAUCAGUGAUAAUAAACAUAUUAUCUAAAGUACAAACAUCCUUCAGUUAAAAUAUAGCUACUGUAAAAGCAUACAGAAUGGUCAGAAUUGCCUUGUUUUAGCAACAUUAGAAAGACAUGAAAAAAGCAUACAAAACCUUAACAUUGAAUAGAUGCAAAUAGGGAUGAUAAAUAUUUAGAGCUAAAACACUCAGGCUCUGCUGUAGCGAGCACCUACUCACAUGAGUAUUCCCCCAGGUGUCACGCAAGGAAUUGCUCAUCGGCUGCAGGAAAGGUUGUGCAGACUGACUUUUGGUGUUUCAAGGCAGUCCAGUUUCUCUUGGUCCCAUUGUUUUUUAGCAAUUUCUUCUAGAAGGACUGCUUUUAUCCCUUGCUUUUAUUUAAAGAAAAGUAGGUUUUCUCUACCACAUUUUCUGA